UUGAUGCUGUCGCCUUGAUAUGAUGCGCAUGCGCAGGAGAAAUUUGUCCUAGGGAGAGGUUUGGCAGGACAGCGGCGCACGUAAGCGGCCGCACGUGGUACACGUGGACCAUUUGUGGAUAGCCCUGGAAGAAGGCCACUUUACGUGGGACACAAGAGGACCUGUCUCGCCGCCGGAGAGUGAGAACAGCAGCGCUGAUGAGGAAGCGGGAGCCGACUCAGUGGGCAGUGAUGCUGUUCUCCCGGCAGCCGAAGGAGUGAGUGACAAGGACGCUGUGGAGGUGGAAGAAGACUUUGGAUCAGACCUUUUUGAGUCUGAUGAUGAUGUGACUGACUGUGAUUAUGUCCAUCCUUCACACAUCAGCAGCAGCAAUGAUGAACCCCUAUCACUGAGAGAGCAACUGCACAAAAGGCACAGAGCCAUGUCUCUACUGCAGUCUUGUGUUCCCCGCCUCCCAGUCCCUGAAUUGAGUGAUAAAGCUGCAAGAAAUCCUUCCUGUGGCUCCAGAGUGCCUGCUGUGACCAGGGUGCCUCAGGAAGUGACUACUUUUUCAGUGGUCCCAGUCUUGAGUGACUCAACACAUCAUGGACAAGUGAAGAAACAGAACAACUUAAGGGGCAAGAGAGACUUCAGGUGGUCAUUGGAGCUACUUCACACUGCUGUUUGUGAGCACCGGUGGGAUGACGUCUUCAGGCUCCUGCCAUGUGUCGUCACCCACACAGCACCGCAUCUUCCCCUGGAGCUCCUGUGGCGGGUGUGUGUCCUGCUGUACUUGUAGGUUCUCUGUUGUGGAUGUACUUAUGUGUACUACUCUCUUUCAGGGUGGCACAAGCUGUCCUACCUGAAGUGUUUGGAGGAGGCAUUAUGCACCUGCUAAAAUAAUAAUUACUCCCAUUGAGGUCUCAAACACUAGAUCACAGGGUGCUGUGAACUUAUAAAUAACCCUGCUGUGAUUUCAUUGAAGGUUUCCCAUUGUAUCUCACAGUGCAAUGAGGCAGUCACAUCCUGUCCUCUAAAGACAACUCUCUUCCUUCACAUAACUUUACUUGCACCUAUUACAUGCACAUUAGGGUGGAUAAUUUUUUAAACUUUCUUUGAAAUUCUUUUGUGGCUAGUGAGGGAAAGAUGCUAACUGGUGAGAGAAAAAUGGUGUUAAAAGCAUUUUUUGCUAGGACAAUAUCUUUUCUCCCCAGCAGCUCUUCAAAGUUUGAAAAAUGUGCCUAAAAUGGAUACUACACAUAAUACACCAUUUUUAUAAUUUAUUGUGAAUUAUUUGUGGCUUGUGCACAAUAUUGCCUUCUAGUUAUAUGUUAAUGACAUAUUAAAUCUGAAAGCUGUACAGAUAUAUUAUCUGUCCUUGCAAUGUGGCUGAAAUAUUGAAAA